AGGGAGUGCAUUUCCGUCCACAUUGGCCAAGCAGGAGUCCAGAUGGGCAAUGCAUGCUGGGAGUUGUAUUGUCUGGAGCAUGAUUUCCAGCCAGAUGGGACCAUCCGUGAGAACGCUGCUCCUCAAUUGACUGACUCAUCGUUUGGCACCUUCUUCAGUGAGACUGGGGCCGGGAAAUAUGUUCCCAGGGCCAUCUUCUUAGAUCUGGAGCCUACUGUUGUGGGUGAGGAAUAGCAAGCUGCUUGUAUAGAGGUGAUGGUCUGCCCUAGCCUGGUCCCAGAUGUUAGUACGGUCUUGCCAAUUCCUAUCAAAACGCUGACAAAGGCUGUUGCCAAAAGCAACUGUUUGCUCUGCCCUCUGCUGCUACAAAAUACAUUCACUUAAAUGUUACAGUGAGUGCAGGUUUUUCCCUUUUCUCCAGUGUAUACCUUUUGAACCUAAAGACAAUUUGCUGCUACAAACUUGAGUUGAACAUGCCAAUUCCUUCUAUGUUGUCAAUGAAUGACCAUAGGAGUUGGCAAGACCGCACAAACCAAUCUGAGACCAGGCUAUGACAUGGCAAACAAUUAAUGCUACUCAUUAUGCAAUGAGUGUCUAGUAUGUGACGUUUUCAUUUCCUCUUGUGUAGUACUGAAAAUGUAACGUUGCGUUGUCGCUAACUUUCCGUAUCAAAAUGAUAAGCAAGCAUUUCACGGUAGUCUAAACCAGUUGUAUUUGGCGCAUGUGACAAAUUGAUUUGUUGUAGAUGAGAUCAGGAAUGGCCACUACCGUCAGCUUUAUCACCCUGAACAACUCAUCAGUGGCAAGGAGGAUGCUGCCAAUAACUACGCCCGUGGCCAUUACACCAUCGGCAAGGAGAUUGUGGACUCCGUCAUGGACAGGAUGCGUAAAAUGGUGAGUGGCUCUGCUGAAUGUUUAAAAAGCCCACUCUGAUUUAGUGGUUUUGAUACCCAUUAAUUCUUGACUAUCACUUGUACAUGCCUUAUGAGCAUAGUUUGUCUGACUAACAUUAGGGUGAAUAUAUUAAUGCUUGGUAUGAAUAACUUGUUUUAUCCUCAGGCUGAUCAAUGCACUGGACUACAGGGGUUCCUCAUCUUCCAUAGCUUUGGAGGAGGGACCGGCUCUGGCUUUACUUCCCUGUUGAUGGAACGCCUGUCGGUGGAUUACGGCAAGAAGUCCAAACUAGAGUUCUCAGUCUACCCUGCUCCCCAGGUGUCCACAGCAGUGGUGGAGCCCUACAACUCCAUCCUGACCACCCACACCACCCUGGAGCACUCGGACUGCUCUUUCAUGGUGGACAACGAGGCCAUCUUUGACAUCUGCAAGCGUAACCUGGGAGUGGAGCGGCCGUCUUACACCAACCUGAACCGCCUCAUUGCCCAGAUCGUCUCCUCCAUCACAGCCUCCCUGCGCUUUGAUGGCGCGCUCAAUGUAGACCUGACAGAGUUCCAGACCAACCUUGUGCCUUACCCCCGUAUCCACUUCCCCCUGGUCACCUAUGCCCCCAUCAUCUCAGCAGAAAAGGCCUACCAUGAGCAGCUCUCUGUCCCUGAGAUCACCAACGCCUGCUUUGAGCCGGCUAACCAGAUGGUGAAGUGUGAUCCCAGACGUGGCAAGUACAUGGCCUGCUGCUUGCUGUACCGCGGUGACGUGGUUCCCAAAGACGUCAACGCAGCCAUCGCCAGCAUCAAGACCCGGCGCAGCAUCCAGUUUGUGGACUGGUGUCCCACUGGGUUCAAGGUGGGGAUCAACUACCAGCCCCCUACGGUGGUUCCUGGAGGAGACCAGGCCAAGGUCCAGAGGGCUGUGUGCAUGCUGAGCAAUACCACAGCCAUCGCUGAGGCUUGGAGUCGUCUGGACCACAAGUUUGACCUGCUGUACGCCAAGCGGGCCUUUGUGCACUGGUACGUGGGUGAGGGCAUGGAGGAGGGAGAGUUCUCUGAGGCCAGAGAAGACAUGGCUGCUCUGGAGAAGGAUUACGAGGAGGUGGGGGCGGACUCUGGGGACGCCUAUGAGAAUGAGGAAGAUGAAUACUAA